CUGGGCACUGGGUCAUCGGGCAUGGGAUUGUCUGGCUCGACAGCGGGCACUGGGUCACCAGGCAUCAGGUCAUUUGGCUCGCCAGCGGGCACCGCGUCAUCUGGCAAGGCAGUGGGCACCGAGUCACCAGGCACGACAGUGGGCUCCGAGUCAACUGGCAUGACCGCGGGCACUGGGUCAGACAUUGGAUCAUCUGGCCCGACAGCGGGCAUCGGGUCACCAGGCAUGACAGCGGGCACUGGGUCAUCAGGCAUUGGAUCGUCUGGCUCGACAGCGGGCAUCGGGUCAUCAGGCAUGACAGCGGGUACUGGGUCAUCAGGUACCUGAUCGUCUGGAUCGACAGCGGGCAUCGAGUCAACUGGCCUAAUGGAAUCAUCAGGCUGGAUCAGCUGGGUAGAGGCAUCAGGCUGAAUUGUGGGCGCCGAGGCACCAAGCUGCACCACGGAAGGCAGGUUCUCAGAUGGGAGGCUGACCGGUUUGGAUACUGGCAGGAUGUUACCGGAGCACCAGGGCUUCUUUACAGGGUUAAAGGCAGGAUAGGUGCAGCGAGUGGGAGCAGGGGACUGACAUGCGGUAGAUAGCAGGGUAUAC